AUGUUUUGUUUCGUGCUGAGAAAAGAAAAAAAAUGGUUUUUAUGUACUAAGCAACAAACUAUACAUAAAUGUGUCAAAGUUGAACCAUUUUUUCGUCAUCAUUUUCAUACAUGUGAAGCAUUUAUUUUCAAUAUUCCACAACAUGGUCUUUACAAUUUUUCUUAUUCUGAUAAUCGUGAUGACGUUGUUUUAAGUGUUAUCGUUGAAAAAAGUAUUACUAAUCAUCGUGUUACGUCUAAUGAACAAA